AUGUCUCUAGUAAAUUACGACAGCAGUUCUGAUUCUGAGUCUUCUGAUGCUGAAUCAACAUCUCAGACAACAACGAUUUCCACUACUAUAUCCUCCAGCUCUACAGCAACAAAAAGAAGUUUGUCCAGUCUCUUGCCACCGCCGACAAAGAAAAAGACAGUUUAUGUUGAUCUUCCUAAAUUAACCAACGAUCAUGCCGACGAAGAUGAGCCGAAAGUAAAACGGACAAAGAUAACAACUGGUCUAAGCCUAGCAGACCUCUUGCCCAAACCAAAGAAUACGCCACUGACCAAAAAUAGUACUCAUAUUGUUCCUGUUACAAAAACAACGACGGAUGAAGCAUUUGUACCAUACGCCUUGGCCAAAAAAAUGAGAGAGAAAGGCAAAGCUAUAGCAAAAGAUAAUGAAAACGAUAAUUUAGCAACAAAGCACAACUAUAGCGAAGCUACAGUAGAACCUGUUGAAAGAACAGCAGUUGAGGAAGAAAAACAAAAUGAUGCAGAAACGGAAGAUACCACAGCUGUUACUGGUUUCACAGGGUCCUUUUUUAAAGUGGGCAAAGAGCUAAAAGAGAAAGAACCUUUGAUGGUAAAAUCAACCAAGCCAAAAAUGCCAACACUAGAACCAACAAUCACUGUUCAGAAACCGAGCGAAGACCAAAUUGAGCAAUAUAAUGAGCCAGUGAUAACAGCGGCAGAUGCAUAUGCUUAUGAUCCAAAUGCCAUGUAUUCUGCCGAUCCAAACGUAUAUUAUCAAUACCAACAGCAAGAAGGGUAUGAAGGGGAUCCCAAUAAUGGCAAUGAUAUUGAUUUGGAGAGAUUACUAGGCAGGAAAGCGAAAGGGGAAAGCAAUAUUCAGUUUAAAACCAUCAAUCAACAAGAUAUUUUACCUUCUGAAGAAUGGAGAGCCGCCCAGACUCUUACCCAAGCUCCCAAAUUCCACACCGGCCCUGCUAUGAGUGUAAGUAAGCUUCAGUCAAAGAAAAACAAUAUUAUGGCUUUAGCAGCACAUGCCGUGAACAAUCAAGAAAGAUUAGACGAGAUGUUCGCUGCUAAUAAACGGACAAAGCGAGACGCUUCAAAGAAAUACGGUAAAAGCAGAAGUGUAUAA